AUGUCGACGUUUUCGCGACAGGACCAACUUCCGAGCCUUCCGGUGCCGCCGCUUCACGAAACACUCCAAAAAUAUUUGAAAUCCGCCAGCGCGAUUCUCAGCGAUUCGGAGCUCGCCAAACUCGAACGCGACAUUGAGCAAUUCGAAAACUCGGACCUCGCCGCUCAACUUCAAACCGCGCUGGAGUCACGAGCGAAAUUGUACAAAAAUUGGCUCGACAAUUGGUGGUACGACGCGUACGUCGAAGUGCGCCAACCGCUUCUGCCCUAUCUGAGCCUCGGCGCCAUCAACGACGUGCUGAUGCCGAUCGAGGGCGGCCAAAUUUGCCGCGCCGCCGACAUCCUUCAUCAUUGGGUCGGCGUUUGGGACAAAUUGCGCAACGAACAAUGGCCAAUUACGGUCUCGCGUGGCGUCACGUGGGACAUGGCGCAAUUCCAUCACAUGUUCAAUAGUAAUCGGACGCCGAAAACGCCGAGCGAUGUGCUUGAGCGAUUCUUUCGAACCAAGAGCGAAGGCGAUUGCCCGUCGCACGUCAUCGUGUGCUGCCGCGGCACGUUGUGGAAGCUCGACGUUCUGAAUCGCGAUGGCAGCGUCAAAUCGGCGGAUCAACUAUAUUCGAUUCUCAAUUUCAUCGAGGUCAAUUCGACAGACAACAUCGCCAAUUGUGUGGUGAAGCUGACGACAACUGAUCGCGACACGUGGGCCAAGAAUCGCGACGAUCUUCUUCGUGUGAGCAACAAGAAUCUCGAGCACCUUCACGACAUCGAGACGUCGAUUCUGUUUUUGACGUUGGCGACGAGCCGCGAGGAUCCGCUCAACGAUCUAAUGAAAAAAUGUCUCGUCGAUGAGAGCUGGUUCACAUGGCAGGACAAAUCGAUCUCGUUGACCGUCUAUGAGAACGGGCAUUGCGUGAUGACGGGCGAUCAUUCGAAUCUCGACGGCAUCGUGCUGCUUCAAGUCAACGAGUACGUCGCCGCGAAAGUGCGUCAAGCGUUGUGGCAUCCGGCGCGACUCGACGACGUCGACGCGACGACGACGCCGACGCGUCUCGAUUUCGAGUUGAGCGAGCCGGUGCGAGUCGCCAUCGCGCACGCCGACGUCGAGUUUUUCAAGACGAAGGCGAAGUACCGCGCGCGCGCCGUCCACUUCCACGGCUUCGGCAACGAUUUGUGUCGCGAGGCGAAAAUCUACGCGGACACGGUGGUGCAGAUCGCGUUGCAGUUGGCGUUCGCCAAAACGCACGGCUCAUUGGCGCCGAUUUACGAGACGGCGUCGACGCGCAAAUUCUAUCACGGUCGCACCGAGACGCUUCGCGGUCUGACGCCCGAAUUCGUCAAAUUCGCCGACGCGUUUUUCGCCGGCGGUGACGUCGCCGCGCUUCGUCGGCGAUUCGUCGACGCCGUCGACGCGCACAAUCGUCUCAUGGCCGAUUGUAUGGACGGACGCGGUUUCGAUCGCCAUCUGUUCGGCCUCAAGAAGACGCUCGAGUCGAUGAACAAAGGAUGCGGACCGUCGCGAGCGUUGCCGGCGUUCAUGUGCGACGAGACGUGGCGACGCGCCGGUGGCGACGGCAAUUUUUUGCUAUCGACAAGCUUCAUCGGCUACAUGCCGCCGGGCAGCGUUGGCACAUUGGGCUACGUGACGGCGAUGCGACCCGACGGCUACGGAUGCUUCUAUCGCAUCGGCAAGAAUCGAAUUUCGGUGGCGGUGUCGGAUUGGAUCGGCACACGAAGCAACAUCGACGCGUUUUGCGCCAACGUCGACGAUUCGCUGACGCGUUUGGCGACGCUCAUCGCGCCGCCAAAUGGCGCCAAUUCGAAAAUUUGA